UGUGUAACGGAGCGAAAUGUUGACGCUCACGGUCGCAUGAUCGAACCACCGGCUCGGAAUUGUAUGUGGAGAUUCUGCUACGGCGCGCCUCAGAAUUUCGACGACUCGGAGCUCUUCUGCGGAGGCAUCAAGGCGCAGUGGCAAGACAACUGUGGCCGGUGUGGCGUCUGCGGGGACAACUUCUCCGACCCGCCACCGCGGCGACACGAAACCGGGAACGAGUACGCCAGGAACAUCACCGUACGCACGUACGAACCGGGAUCCAACGUGGACAUCGUCGUCGACAUUGUGGCCAACCAUCUUGGAUACUUCGAGUUUGCCCUGUGUCCCCGCGACGACUUCAGCGUCGCAGAAACGGAGGAAUGCUUUGACUCUCACCCGCUUGAAGUGAUGGGAGACGGCAAGGAGGAAGCAGACUCCGCGUCCCGCUACAGGAUUAAGAAUGCUACAAACGGUAUUUAUCUUACUCGAGUGAUGCUACCACCGGACAUCACUUGUACCUCCUGCGUCCUCAGAUGGCAUUGGAGAUCAGGAAACAACUGGGGACAAUGCGCUGAUGGCACAGAAGCCCUCGGAUGCGGACCUCAAGAGACGUACCGGAACUGCGCGGAUAUUGCUAUACGAAACGGCCAGGGAGUGCGAGGCCUAGUCGGAGCCAAUGCCCUAGUCAAAGCCGAAGUGUUGCCAAUCCGGGAUCCAGAGUGGGGGCCACUGCCAUCCAACGCGCUCGAUGAUAGUCAAGAUGGACAAGAAGGGAUGUAGAGAGUGACUCAAGUCGUAAAGUCGUUUUUUUUUUAU